UAAGACCCGAAGAAGAAGAAGGAGGAAGAAGAUGAACAUGCUUUUCAAGCUCAUGUUAGUCUACUCUGUUUGACAACACACAGUAGAUAUGCCUCUAAUAGUGAUGUGUGGUUACCCCUGUAGUGGUAAAACACGACGGGCAGAAGAACUGAAGUUGUAUUUUGAACAGAACACGGACCGAAAGGUUCAUAUUGUGGCUGACGGAGCUCUGGACGUUGACAAAAACACUGUUUACGCAGAUUCCCAAAAGGAAAAAAAUGUCAGAGCAUCUCUGAAAGCUCAAGUAGAGAGGACAGUCAACAAGGAUCACAUUGUAAUUUUGGAUUCAUUAAAUUACAUAAAAGGCUACCGCUAUGAACUGUUCUGUCUCAUCAAACACACACAGACACCGCACUGCCUGGUAUACUGUUUGACGUCAGAGCAAGUGAGUUCAACAUGGAACACCAGCAGAGAGGCUGCGGAGCAGUACACUCAGGAGAUCUUUGAUGCAUUGGUGCUGAGAUUUGAAGCUCCAGACUCCAGAAACCGAUGGGACAGUCCCCUCUUCAGCAUCCUGGAAGACGACACACUUCCAUAUGAAGCCAUCUCUGACGCACUUUUCAAAAGAAAAGCACCCCCACCCAACCAGUCCACACAGAGUCAACCAUUGUCAUCUGCAAAUUUCUUGUACGAGUUGGACAAGAUCACACAAGAUGUGUUAAUGGCAAUUUUUAAUGCACAGAAGACAAGUGUUCCCGGGGAUCUCAUUUCAGUCCCAGGAGCUACAGAAAAGAUUGAGCUCACGAGGAGCGUCAACAUGGCAGAGCUGAGGAAGUUACGGCGCCAGUUCAUCAGCUACACCAAGAUGCACCCAACGGAGAACACCGGACACAUUUCCAACAUGUUUGUGCAGUAUUUAAAUAAGAGUCUUCACUAAACUUUUAUAUCGUUUCAUUUUUUUUAUUUUACGUAACAAAUAAAUAUAUUCA